CAGGGAAAGACAGAGGAGACGUCUCAGGGCGAGGCGGGAGCGCAGUGUUCUGCAGGAGGCACAGGCGCGGGCGGCUCAACGGGAGACUCCGCGGAGGCCAAGGGGACCCCCAAGCGCCUCCACGUCUCCAACAUCCCCUUCCGCUUCCGGGACCCGGACCUCAGGCAGAUGUUUGGGCAAUUUGGGAAGAUUCUGGAUGUAGAGAUUAUUUUCAAUGAGAGAGGGUCAAAGGGUUUCGGCUUUGUGACAUUUGAAAACAGCGCCGACGCGGAGAAAGCCAGAGAAAAGCUCCACGGCACGCUGGUGGAGGGCCGUAAAAUCGAGGUGAAUAAUGCCACCGCCAGGGUGAUGACUAACAAGAAAAUCGUCAGCCCUUACCCUAAUGGAGAGGCUCUCAGCACGCUGCCCUAUGCAGGGUGGAAGUUAAGUCCCAUGGUGGGAGCUGUGUACGGCCCAGAAAUCUACGCAGUCCCUGGGUUUCCCUACCCAACCGCAGCGGCUGCGGCGGCAGCCACGACGGCGGCGGCGGCGUUCCGUGGCGCCCACCUCAGAGGCCGAGGCCGGCCCGUUUACAGCGCCGUCAGGGCGGCCGUGCCUCAGCCCACCAUCCCUGCCUACCCUGGCGUGGUGUAUCAGGAUGGGUUUUACGGAGCUGCAGACUUAUAUGGAGGCUAUCCUGCCGCUGCCGCCGCCGCCGCCGCAUAUCGCUACGCCCAGCCUGCUGCCGUAACCGGAGCAACGGCCGCAGCUGCUGCCUACAGUGACAGUUAUGGGCGGGUAUACACCACAGAUCCGUACCACGCUUUAACUCCAGCUGCUGCUGCUUAUGGAGUGGGAGCCAUGGCUAGUUUAUACCGGGCGGGAUACAGUAGGUUUGCUCCUUACUAAAGCCACAAAAAAAAAAAAUCCCAUCCAAGGAAUUCCACUUCUCUCCAAAACUCCCUCUGAAGCUCCGUGUUUUUGGCAGGAGCCUCCCCUCCAUUUUAUCUGCAGGCAGACUAUAAUAGUGACAGCUCACUUCUUCUUUUUUUCUUUUUUUUUAGUUUUGUUUUUUCCUCUCUCUCUCUCUCUUUUUAUUUUGUGGUUGUUGCCACAUCACCAAAACCAAACUCUGCCUGUAAUUUUUUUCUGUCGCCGACAUGAAACCAGUGGGGGGUAAAAGAAAAAAAAAAAAUUAAAAAAAAAAAAACCUGCCAUGAUGAGCGUCUCCCACGUAUGAAGCCGGAGCCUGCUGCUGGUUUGAACUUCACAGCAGCAUUUGGGAUUAUUUUAAGAGGGAAAACAAAACUAUGGGACCCAGGCGGCGAGGGACCUCUGAAACACUACAAAUCUUCUUUUUUUUCUCCCCAUAUGAGCUGCCCUGUAAGACCCAACCCAACCCGACCCACUUAAACCCACAGCUACAUUCAGCACCAAGUGUAACGUUUUUCUCUCCCGGUGUUGGACUGAACUGCGACUCUGAACUGCCACAGCAUUAAUGUACAAAGGUACUUUUUGUUUUUAAACACUACAUUUACAGCUACACACAGCAUAGAUCUGCUGCAAUCAUCUUUUCUGGCUUACUAGUUAAAACAAUAAUGAGAAACAAAAAAAAAAGGAUGAAACCAAGUACUUGAUUCAGGAUAUAGGAUUUUCUUUUGUUCUUCGUUUCAUUUCAAUGAUGGAAACCACUGCUUCGAACUAUAUCCCACUGCCUUCUUUGUCAUUUCAAUUCAGUAUACUCGAGAAAACUCAAGAAGACGAGAUAAUCAGUCCUCCGAUACGUUUGAAGGUGACAAGGAAAGAUACAUUUUUCUGCAUUACCUCAGUUGUUUGCUUUGCAACUCGAACAGAGAUGAUUAUUUCCUUCAGCGGACGUGAUUCCAGUUCGUUACGAAAGUUUGGCGCCUCACUCUUGAUACUUUAUUUUGCUUCUUCCAAAAAGUCAAAAAAGGA